AUGGCACCUCGACGCGUGCAGCGUGCUGGCUCCCAAGCCACCCGAAACACCGAGAAUUCUGUCAACCCCGUCUCAGAGAAUACCGCAUCUAUCCAAGCACAACCUGAUGCUUCGAUGAAUCCGGGCCCAGCUGAAGAAACAGUUGAGGAAACAGCUGUGUUGCAAGGCGAUAGCCCUCGAAAAGGGGCUACUGGGUCCACAACAACAAACGAUUCUUCAUCGGAUAAUGAAUUUGCCGAACUCCGGGACCAGAUACGCCAACAAAAGCAGGAACUCAAGAGAUUACGCAUGGAAAAUAAAAAGGAGGACAUUGCAAGAGCUUAUUGA